CCGCUCGGAAGCCGGAAGUGCGGCCUCGGCGGGGCAGGGCGCACGCGUCCUCCCCUGUCACCCGGAAGCGGAAAGUCCCGGCAGCAGCGGCACCAGCAGCGGCGCGAGAUUCUUGGCGGCGCGUGUGUGAGAGCGGGAGCGGCGGCGGCAUGAGCCUCUUAAACAAACCCAAGAGCGAGAUGACCCCUGAGGAGCUGCAGAAGCGGGAGGAGGAGGAGUUUAACACGGGGCCUCUGUCCGUCCUCACCCAGUCGGUCAAGAACAACACCCAGGUGCUGAUCAACUGUCGCAACAACAAGAAGCUGCUGGGACGUGUCAAGGCCUUUGACAGGCACUGUAACAUGGUGCUGGAGAACGUCAAGGAGAUGUGGACGGAGGUGCCCAAGAGCGGCAAGGGCAAGAAGAAAUCCAAGCCCGUCAACAAGGAUCGCUACAUCUCCAAGAUGUUCCUGCGGGGGGACUCGGUCAUUGUGGUGCUGAGGAACCCCCUCAUCGCCGGCAAAUAGAGAACUGUCCCAAGGCCCCAGCCUCGCCCUGGCGUGACCCAGAGCCAGGCUGAGUGGGGAACCUACCUCCAGCCCUUCUGGAUGAAGCCUGCUGGCUGCAUCGCUUGUGAAGACCGUCCUGUUCAGAAACAGCUCUGCUGAGCUCUCCCCAGGUGUCGCCUGUACCUCCCUUAUUAGCCCUUAGAGUGCCGAGGGCUGGGCACAGCUACCCCGCCCGCCCCGUUGCUGCCUCCACCUUCCCAUGGGAUUGGAAGGGGGUUUCUGGGAGCAGAACUGGUCAGGAGACCCCAGCUGCUGCAAGUCCAUCCCCGGCUGGUGGCUCCCCACGCCCGUCACCCACCCGCCCAAAGCUGAAAGGAGCCAGUGCCCUGGCGCCGCUUCUCUGGAUUUACCCAGGAUCUCGGUGCCCACCCGUAUCCUUGCUGCUGGGUGCUGCAGACUCGGCUGCAUAGAGGCUCUGUAGCUCGUAGGCCCCCCGACGGGCCUGCUCUCGGGCUCGGUUGCUAGGAAUGGGGAGCACUGAGGUUUCCUAAAGGAGCUGGGUACAAAGAGAAGCACCGGGAAUCUCAGCCUAGCAGAAGGGGGGACCUCUCAGCAGAAUUGUCUCUGAACGGCUCUUCAAAGGUGUCUUUUCAAGGGGAGCCGUCUGCUGUAGUCGUCUGAUUUGGGUGGGGGGCGGCUACCCUGGGGAUUUCCACACUGCAGAGCUACCCUACUGCAAACGCCCCGCAGAGAGGCACCCGGCGCGCGUGACUGUUGCCCCUCUUGAACCUCCGCUUCCCCAGACGCGCAGGAGUUGUACUUGAGUUCGGGUCCCGCUCUCCAGCUGAGUGAGGCGCCAGGGAAGUCGAGGUAGCGAAUGUGGUUUGAAACACCGCUCAGCUCCUAGUGUAGACAGCUUCAGCGUAGCAUCAGCCUUGGCUUGGUUCCAGCGGGACUAGCCGAGGCGAUUCAGCUGCAUCCGCACUGGGCGCGAAGGGUCGGUCCUUACUACUCUGCUCAGCUAUAAAGGGGGACAGGGACCAAGUAGCCUCUUCUCCUCACUUUGAACCUCCAGACGCUGCCUGGGCUGGGGGUAAGUCAUGCCUGGUACAAUCCCACAGCUCAUCGGUGCAGAAAUCCCUGGUGUCGACAGCUCCCCUGGCCCUGAUCCUCCAGCGGCAUCCGAGCUAGUGGGGUCUUGUAAGUUGUAGCCCCAGCCUCGAGGGCAGCUCCGCUCCUUGCAGCAAACGGGUCACACCAGGGUCUUUUGUAAUAAACCAGCUCGAUUUCUC